CUCGGAUGCCAGUUCCAUGGCACCAUUCUGACCUGAGCCACGACGCUUAACGAUUCCAUGCCAUACGCAUCAAUGGCUGACUUUUACUUUCGCGCAAUUUUUUAAACUAUCGCUGGUGUUGUGUGUGAUGUGAUAUGCAAGUUGACCGUUUAAAUAUGUUACUCUCUGUACUUUUCUGGAGUUAUGCGCUUGCGCCGGCGACCGCCCAAGUGGAACGACGCUGCGGGCACCCGGCCGUGCCGGCCAACGCAAGGGUGUCCCUGCCAGCCGGGGCCAUAGCCCCGGGCACCAUCGCCACUUACGAAUGCGACGAGGGGUACGAGCUGUUCGGCGCACACCUGAGGGAGUGCACCAUUAGGGGCGACUGGACUGCGGAACAACCAUUUUGCGGCACAAACGUCGCGUUCAGAAAGCCAGCGAACCAGUCGACGACGGUGCGCGGGGGCAGCGCCAGCAACGGUAACGACGGAGAGAAGACGACGGAGCAUGAUGGAAAGAGAUGCAGCGAAACUCAGAGGGAGGCCUCACCCUGGUGGCAGGUGGACCUGCUGCGGCACUACGCGGUCAAAGUUGUCCGGGUUACUACUAGAGGAUGCUGUGGACAUCAACCACUACAAGACCUUGAGAUCAGGGUUGGCAAUAGCAGCUCAGACCUUCAGAGAAACCCUCUUUGUGCUUGGUUCCCUGGCACCAUUGAUGAAGGGGUAACGAAGACAUUUACGUGCGCGCGACCUCUGGUCGGGCAGCAUGUGUUUCUUCAGCUAGUGGGCGUUGAGGGGUCUCUGUCUCUGUGCGAAGUCGAGGUGUUCACCACCGAAGAGUUUUCCAACGACCGCUGCGCGCCGCCUGGGGCUUCCGCAGACAUCGAGCUAGCGGCUUUCUCCAGGAACUGUUAUGAGUUCAACGUGGCCAGGGGUGGCUCUUUCGAGGAGGCCAGGAAACAGUGCCGGUCCCACGGCGGAGACCUCAUACACGGCUUCCAGGGCGCCACAUCCAGCUUUCUGACCCAGGAAUUGGAACGGAGGAAGGUCAACCUGAAGACGCAGCUGGUCUGGAUCGGGGCGCAGAAGGAGCCUGGCUUGACUUCUAGAACUUGGAAAUGGGUUGAUGGUGAGGUGGUAUCCAGGCCCACAUGGGGCAAGGACCAGCCGAACAACUAUAAUGGCGAACAAAACUGCGUGGUGCUCGACGGCGGGCGCGCCUGGCUCUGGAACGACGUGGGAUGCAACCUGGACUACCUCCACUGGAUCUGCCAGUACCUGCCUCCAUCUUGCGGCAGUCCGGACAAACUGCUGAACACGACAAUCGAGGGGAAUGACUACAAAGUCGGCGCUUCGAUAGCAUACAGAUGUCCAGAGGGCCACAUGCUGGUCGGCGACAAGACCAGAACGUGUGAGAAGGACGGCUUCUGGUCUGGAGCUGCUCCCAGCUGCAAGUAUGUGAAUUGCGGUGGACUGACACCAAUCCAAGAUGGCGAAGUGACAUUAGUCGAUUCACGCACCACCCACGGUGCAAAGGCAGUUUACUCUUGUCGAGAGAACUACACCUUGGUCGGAGAAGCUGAUAGGGUUUGCGGCGACGAGGGAGCGUGGUCUGGCGAGGCUGCGAAGUGUUUGUUCGACUGGUGUCCCGACCCACCGCCUGUGGCGGGCGCUUUGGUAGCGGUCAGCGGGCACAAGGCGGGGGAUUUGGCGACCUACACCUGUCAAAACGGCUUCAUCUUGUUUGGACCACCGAGUGUAACUUGUUCUCUCGGCGGGCUGUGGUCCGGUACUCCCCCGUCUUGCAAGUACGUGGACUGCGGCACUCCCGCGCAGGUCCACAAGGGCUCCUUCCAGCUGCUCAAUGGCACCACCACGUACGGGUCGGUUGCCCAGUUCAGUUGCGACGCCGACUACUGGCUGGCUGGCGCCGAGGAGAUCACCUGCAACAGGGACGGGAAAUGGUCGCAUGACAUACCUACUUGUGAAUUGAUAUCGUGUCCGGACCCCGAAGUGCCGGCGGGCGGGUACAUGGAGGCGUACGACUACAACGUGCACUCAACCAUCGACUUCCACUGCGAGCGCGGCCACAGGUUGCUGGGCGAGUCCACUCUCACGUGUCAGCAAGACGGCGAGUGGUCUGCCGACUCGCCCAAAUGCGAAUAUGUGGACUGCGGCAAAUUGCCGUCGCUGCCGUACGGCUCAGCGGAGCUCCUCAACGGCACUACCCACCUGGGCAGCGUGAUCCAGUACUCCUGUACCACCAACUACCGCCUCAUCGGACCCGUCCGACGGAUCUGCACUGAGGACCACCAAUGGAGCGACUCUUCUCCUCGUUGCGAAGAAAUCCGCUGUCCCGACCCCGUUGUGCCCGAAAACAGUAUAGUAUCCGUGACGGGUAACGACCGCAUGCACGGACGUACGCUCAUCCGCACGUCCGUCAGUUCGACGUCCGGCAACACGUAUCGCAUCGGAGCACUAGUCAAGUACCGCUGCGAGAGGGGAUACAAGGUGGUGGGGGAAAGUCUGUCGACUUGCGACGACAACGGCCAGUGGAGCGGCACCACGCCUCGUUGCCAAUAUGUGGACUGCGGCAACCCCGGACGACUGGAGAACGGGCAAGUAACUCUGGCGACCAACGCGACCUACUACGGUGCGGCGGCGCUGUACGAGUGCGCAGAACACUGGCAGCUGACUGGCGUCUCCCGCAGGCUAUGCCAGGACAACGGCACUUGGAGCUCAGAGCCGCCGCUAUGCAAAGAAAUCACGUGUCCGGACCCGGCUAUCCAAAUCAAGGGCAGCGCGGGGCUGGUGGUGGUGACGUCGACCCUCAGCAUCGGCGGGGAGGCGCACUACCGCUGCGACAGGGGCUACAGCCUCAAAGGCAACCAGACCAGGACAUGCUCCCCGAGAGGACAAUGGGCCGGAGCCCCGCCUGUUUGUAUACCGAUCGACUGCAAGGCCCCGACUCAGAUCGACAACGGACGCAUCAUAAUUGCGAACAGUUCCACACUUUUCGGCAGCUCAGUGGAGUACCACUGUCUGCCGGCGUUCCAGCGCGUCGGUCCCUUCCUCAGGAAGUGUCUGGACGACGGCCGAUGGUCCGGAGACGAGCCCAGCUGCGAACUCGUCAGCAAUGAGGCUGCUGAAAACGGAACGUUACCACUCAGCGUGGGCGUGGGGUGCGGGAUCGUGCUUUUCUUACUGCUGCUUCUUGGAGUUGUUUACUUGAGGCUUCGCAAAGCGACCCCAGUGAAAAAUACGGAAAACAUAGAGGGCGCUGAAAGGAAAGAGGAUCAAAACGCGGCCGUCAUGAGUUACGCCACGCUUCACGACACAAACGGACGACACAUUUACGAUCACGUCACGGAUAAUGUGUACGACUCGCCUUACAGCGAGAGGAUCACAGACAACACCGAGUACGGGAGAAGGAGCGACACUGACUCAGCUUACGAACCAGAACCGACGGGACCGAAUGCCGUCGUCACCAUUAAUGGCGUCGCAGUACGCUGAAAAAAACAAAUCCAAAAACAGUGUUGUAUUAAAGAGCGGCUUCGGUCAUCCGGCCCGAAGGACCAUCUAGUAACCAAUACAAAGUGUCGAGUUAAUUCGUCCUAGUGUCAUAAAAUGCUUUUUUUUUUAUUGGUGUUUACUACGUGUUCCUGUAAAUGCUGAGCGUUACCUUGAUUGCGAAAUUAUAAAGUGUGUUACCAUUUUAGACUUUCACUUUGUAGGAUUUAAUCUCAGGUCAGACGAAGUUUGAGGACUAUAUUGUGUUCAGCGUGACCAACCCUUACUAGGUAUUGAACCAAAGAUGUAAAUGUGUUGGAAUUGUAUGGAAUAAAAAAAUAUAAUUAGUUAUUUAAUUUGAAGUCAUGGGACUGCGAAUUUUCGUUGAUAUUAGUAAUCUUAAUACGAAUAUUAAAAUGUUUAGUAAAACAUUCGACACUAAGUACUGAUUUAUCCCGAAAAUAAAUACGAAAAUACGCAGUCAAGAAUCAUUUUUAUUUAGCUUAUAUCUGUUUUAAAGUGAACAAAAUCCUUAGCUUAGCUAUGAAAUUACUAUAUUUAUUGUUGCGUCUCGAUGUAUCUUUAGAAUUAAUAGUUAAGGAUAGGUAGAUAGUAAUUGAUGCCAAAAUAACAUUUCUCCAGUAUUUUACAUGCCGACAUCAUUGUCGAAAUACAAAACUGCAUAGAAAAUUUACUGUAACGACUUUCCUCAAUAAACUAUGCAUACUGCAUAAUAUAAUAUUGACGCAGUUAAUUAGUACACAAAAAAACAAGAGCUUUGCCGAUAUAUUACACAUCUUGCCGCAAAGUGGGCAAACAUUGAAAAAUAACGUUUUCUUUUUGUAAAUAUGCUAAAAUGAGGCCUAACGCGGAGAGAUUUCGCGACCGCUAACAUUUUUUUACGUUUGUGUUGUGUGCAUGUGCGUAACUAACCUAACGCAACACUAGCGCCUCUAGCGGCGAAUUUUGAUUUUCAACUGCCCAUACUAGCACAAAUACUGUGACAAUAUAGGUAUUAAAGGCUUUUCUUCGUGUCGCGCGUGUCUUCUUAUAUUUUGCUUAUGUAUAAUCUAUAUUGAUUCAGAUCCAUGUAUGUAUGACGAGCCAUAAAUUGAUAGUAAAAGAUAACUAUAUACAUACUAUAUAUAUAUACGCUUCUUUGUAAAUAUCUAGUGUUAUAAGCAAAGUAUGAAUUAAAUUUUAAACUAUCCUUUUAGUGUGAUUUAUCUUCCAACCAUUUAUUUUUAGUAUGUACCUGUUGCAAAUAAUUGUGACCCAAAAUAACCUUUCCAUUGCAGAGUUAUUUAACAGGUGAAAAAAAUAAACAUAUUAAUAAUUACUGUUAAUAAAUGUACAAUAUGUGUACUGAAUUAUUGAUUUUGACAGACGGUACAUUUUAUAUUAAUACAUUUUGUCAUAAGGUCAUAAUAAUUUUCGUGAUAAAGUUGCAAAAUGUGAAUGUAGCGUUCCUGCUUCAAUAAUUUAAUUUUUGGUACAUGGAUAACUUUUUCGUUUGUUGUCUAUGGACAUGAUAGACGUACGCAUUAAAAUGUGAUUAUAUUUAUGUAAUGUAAGUGUUCACUUUCUACAAUUAAUUAUGUCUUUAGUAAUCAUUAUUUGUUAUACUUUUGUAUGUACGAAACAUUUUACAUUUAAUAAUUCUAGAUCAGUUCGUUAAAUAAAUGUAUUGGUUAUA